UUGUGUUAAUAUCCAAAAGAUGUCCGGUAUGGCGGCUGGUUCCGCCGCCAUCAUCGAAGAAACCGAUGUAGAGGCCAACGUUUACGCCAUAGACUUCAGUUUUAAUCAGCGACCCUCAGUAAACAUAGGCGUGGAGAAUUUAAACUAUACCGUUAAUCCAAAGAACAUGUCUGUCUGGCAGCGGAUAUCUGCUCUCCAGUUUCCCUGGGAAUGGACAAACGAUUGCGAACCAAGAACAGUGCUCAAGAACGUCUCGUUUUCUGUUACAAGUGGGAAGAUGUUGGCCGUCCUGGGAAGUUCAGGAAGCGGUAAGACAAGUCUACUGGACGUGCUGGCGGGAAGGAAUGACGGCGGUGAGGUCAGAGGUGAAAUCUAUCUCAAUGACGUAGCACGCACAAACUCUAUGAUCCGCUCAUGUUCUGCCUACGUCAGACAAGAUGAUCGCCUUUUGGCUCAUUUGACUGUGAAAGAAACACUCAUGUUCGUUGCUCAAUUAAAAUUACCGACCACCAUGUCAGAAAAGCAGGUUGAAAAACGGGUUGACAUGGUAAUUGCAGAACUAGGAUUACGUCACGUGUCAGAUACAAAGGUCGGUAACGCAGAAAGCCGAGGAGUAUCGGGCGGCGAGAGGAGACGUGUUAGUAUUGGAGUCCAGCUUCUCUUAGACCCCAGUAUCCUGUUCCUUGACGAGCCAACUUCCGGUCUAGACGCUUUCACGGCCCACCAUCUAGUGGAGACCCUAUCGAAGCUGGCACGAAACAACAGGACCGUACUUCUGUCAAUACACCAGCCGAGGUCAGACAUUUUCGAUUUAUUCGACCUGAUGAUGAUAAUGACAGGUGGACGACAGGUGUAUUUUGGCGAAGCUAACAAGAUGGUAGAUUAUUUCACGGAGAAAGGGUUCCCUUGUCCGGCCCUUACUAACCCAUGUGACUAUUAUGUUGACUUGGCCACCAUCGACUGUACCUCUGACGUCACGGAGACAGAUAGCACGGACACGGUGAACACACUGAUCCAACGGUACGAGACCAGCAGGCAGUUGAGAAAUACAGAACGUGGACUGAGCCUCGAAUCCGACGGAACCUCAGGUGUUGUCUCCCCUGACGAGCCAUACCCAGUCAUGAAGAUGUUUGAAAAUCUAGAGCAUAGCCCAGGUCCCUUCCGACAGUUCUCCGUUUUAUACAGACGUUGCACUAGGAACCUGGUCGAGGACUACCUAUUCCUGACAGCCCAGUUUAUCCAAGCCCUAUCUAUGUCAGUGGUGGUUGGAUUGGUCUACUUCAAGUUGGGACUGGACCAGAACACAGUCCGUGAUUGGUUCGGACUCAUGUACAUAAUUGGAGCUAUGUAUCCUUACCUGGUCAUCCUCGACCUCAUCGCUCAAUAUCACAACGAAAGGCAUUACCUGUACUACGAAAUGGAGGAUGGUCUGUACGGUCCAACACCCUACUACUUUGCCAAGGUACUGAGUGAGUUACCGCUGCACUCGUUUUUUGUGGUUGUGUAUGUUAUCCCAGUGUUCUUUCUGGCCGGAUUUACCGUGGACGUCAAGGUGUUUUUCCAGGUGUUUGCCAUAGUGUUCCUACUGGUGUACUGUAGCCGUUCUCUAGCCAUGCUAUCAUCAGCACUGAUGCCGACUUUCACUCUGUCAUGUUUCUUUGCACAGACGUUUUUCUCUAUGUAUAUAAUGUCAGCGGGAUUUUUUAUCAAUUUGGAAAAUAUAUUUUCUGGUUUAAAAUGGGUAUCCAGUAUAUCAUAUCUGAAGUGGGGAUUCCAGGGUCUGUGCCUCACAGAGAUACAGAACUUAACCUUUUCAUGUGGAGCUGUACCAGCGAGUCUCUGUAUAAAGACUGGGGAAGAUGCUCUGAAACUGUACUCACUUGAGGGAAAUACGGUGCUCGACGCAUGCCUGGUGCUAUUGGGUUCUAUAUCUGUUUAUCUUGUUAUAUAUUAUCUCGGCCUGAGGUUUGUCAAACAGAAACCCCACCAGAUGUGAUGUAACAUUUUCAUAGGAAAAAGGAGACUUGAAAUCCAGUACUUUUUUAAAAACUUUUCCUAUUUUGGUCAUAUUAUAUAUAUACCAGGUCCCUGAUUUUCUGUAAAGCUGACGUCAGUAAAGGCCUGUGCAAUAUUACAUUCGACAAGCACAUAGAAAUGGAAUCAUAAAUCCAUUUAAAAGAUAAAGAUAAAAAUAGCGGUUAAAAUGCAGAAAAUCAAGAUCCUUCUAUUUGUCUCGACGACAUUAGCUGUGAUAAACUUAAAGUGGCCAUUGGUCAACAGUUGUCGAAAGGUAACCGUCAGUCAACACUCGUCGGAAUGUGAUGGACAGAAUGGCAAAUUAAAGAGGACGACGCGGCGUUAUUCCGCCAUAGACUGACAAGACCACAGAGGUCCUGAAAUAGACACUGUUCGACAGUUACCAAACUGUGAUGAAUUCAUUCGUACGUGUUAUAACGUAUUGAAUGAAACUUUAUGUGAUAGUUCUUUUUGAAUUUUGCGUAAAAAUACGCAUUUUGCGCGUUAUUCGCAAUUUAUAAAUAGUUUAAUCUAGUCCAAAUUUUUCAAGGAUAAUUUUUAAAACUUUUCAUAUGAUCACUUAUUGAAAUUCCGCUUUUAAAUAUAAAAACAGAUUAGUUAUUUUGCCCCUGUUUCACAAAUUUUUGGGCUUUGAAUUUGUCCGCCCAAACACUCGCACAUUAUUUGCGAACGGUUUGCGGACAAUAACUUCACCAAUGAUUACUUUUGGAUCAGGUCUAGUUACACGCUCAGCAUUCGAAUUAUGUAGCCUGACAUUACACUCUGGCUCCUCGUUCCAGUUUUCCCUAAAGGUUUGCGCACAAAACUAUUUGCAUAUGAAUGUUUUUCGAUCAAAGUCCCCGAAGAUGGAACCUGAAUCCCACGAACUUGUUGUUAUUGUACGCACCGUGUCGUAUUGCCUUUUUAAAAUGCAUAUUGUUAUAUAACAACGUAUUCAUGCAUUUUUUUUUAUCAAAUAUAAUGGUGAAAUGAGAUUUGAAUUAAUGCAAAUCUUUUGCCGCAGUUUGAUUUUUACCUUUGCACCUUCUAUAAUGGGUCGAAUUUAUUCUGGCAGUGAAAAAGGACGAAAGGAACCCUGGGCGGCGAAAGUUAGGCUUAGCAAAAAAAUCCCGGUAUAAAAUAUGUAUUCAAUACUUUGACCCAGUAUUUAAACUUGGUUAGCUUAACACCGAGUUCACGCAAACCUUUCAUUUUGUUUAGUUUUAAAACUUUUGAACUUCAGAAUUAAAUUAGCAUGUAUAGGAAUUUAUUUCGAUGACAUUAUUAUCAAUAUUGGGAUGCACGAGCUUUCCUGAAUGUUGGUAUCUUAAGUAGUGACUAAGGUUAAACUCCAUCCUCAACAUCCUACUGAAAUUGUCAUUUACCAUUCCAUUUAAGUUUAUUGCGUUUUGUGUUUGGAGAAAUUUAUUGUAUCAUUUUAUUUAUUUAUAAUUCUUUUCUUGUUAUGAUGAUGACGAUGAUGAUGAUGAUGAUGAUGAUGAUGAUGAUGAUGAUGAUGAUGAUGAUGAUGAUGAUGAUGAUGAUGAUGAUCGACGACGAAGACGAUGAAGCAUUCCAUUGUUACCUCCUUUGUUAUACAGUUUAAGCUGUAGUUACAGAACAGUCAACUAUUGUAUUCCGGAAGAUGAGUCUUUAGCAUUGUUCUAUAAUAAUGGUGCCUGUCCCAUAGGAAUUUGUUGUAAUUCAUCUAUUAUCUAUAGAUAAGUUUGUGUUCAAUAAUAUCAUUUCUCGAUAUAUGCUUAUUGAUAGCCUAUAUGGCGUGAGAAAAUAACUAGUUCUUUUAUCAUAAGAACAAAAUAUUUGACAAAUACAUUUAUUUCACACUAUGUGCCAUUUAUAUUCGGACAACUUAAACUUUGUACCCUCGAAUUACUUAAAUUAAAUAAACAAUAUACAUGUAAUCCCAAAACGCCUCAGUAUUGGAAUAUUCAAAUCUUUUCCGAAUUUCGCCUUGAAUAUGAAGACCCAGUACCGGAAAACAUAAAAAACACAAGCAGUAAGUUACACGUAUCACGUGAUUGGAAAUAACAUAUUAUAUUAAGACAUGAACUACAAACGUAUUUUUAAUGUAUGACGUACUCAUGGGUACCGAACUGCAUAUACUAGUAUAUGUGCCACACGUGUUUCUGUGUCAUUGGAAAGAUAAUAAUUCGUGGUAUAAAGCAAAUAUAUUUCAAGUAAUCACCUCACAACUGUAUGCUUGUUAGCCUUUUGUUUUUCAGUUUCGUUGCGUUGUAUAUAAAUAAUGUUUUACUUAUAAAGAUCUUCAGUGAGGCGUUCGUGCGUGAUCGCUAGCAGAAUCACGAUUUAGUUUGAAAACUCACGUGUAUAUAUUGUCAGAAAAUUUCCUUAUCUUAAUCAAACCUCGUUUUCAGCAAAUUAAUAAUAGUAUAUUUUUUCUACAAAACUGUCUCUCUCGUAUUAUUAAUCAAAUUGAAAAGACUGCUUAAAACACGACUUGAAAUUUAGGGUGACUAUCCAGUGCUAGAGUGGCCUCCCUUUGUACAAAUAUAUUGACGUAAUCUGAUAAUGUCACAUAAUAAUGCAUAUGAUUUGGUUCGUCUUGUGUGAUUUUUCGGUUAUACAUUGAUUGAAAGAUGCAUACCAUUGUGAUGUAGUAAAUACACUUCUUAACUACUCUGUAAUAUAUUUUACUUUUUUCUCAUCAAACUGCAACAACAAUGCAACGUUUUAUCUGGGUGGUUUUUUGCAAUAAUCUAUUAUUAUUAUUUUUACAUUAUCUUAAACAAUAUACAUGGACUUCCUACACAUUUGUCUUGUACGAUCUAUCACCAUUUGCAGUUAUCCAAAUGUUGAAGCGAUUAUCAAUGUUUAUGCCGUAAUACUCCAUGUAGUGGAAGAGAUAUUGUAUAGUGCGAGUGUUAACACAGUUCCAGUUAACUGUGUACUAUCAACGUACUGAUGGAUUAAUAUGAGUUUGUCAUAGAAUACCAACGUAUCACCUAUUUAUUAUCAUUUGUAUAUUAUCAAAUUUCAUCAUUUUAGAGCAAUUGAGUCUAAAUGCGCAACUCGUUUGAAAGGAAAAAUUUCAAAGAGAAAACACCUUAAAUAACCGGGUUAUAGAUUAUGCUAUUUUAUAUAUCUGUAUGUUUUUCAACUUUAACCAGGAAAACAGAUUAUUUUCACUGCACGAAUUGAAAAAAAUGCCCUGCAGUUACACGCUAAAUAUUUUUUCCUUGUAAAGCGUUAAUUAAAUAACUGAUUAAUAAGAUGAUUGAUUUGUAUGAUGUAUUUGAGCGACCAGUAAGGUGGCAUUUCUUUGCAUUGUUAAAAAUUCAAUCUGACUAAUAAAAUUUCGAAGCAUAAAUAUGAGUAUAGGUCAAAGUAAUCAACAAACAGCCAUGCAUUUUUUUCUAUUCACAGAUAACAUAUCACAACCAUAUUUAUAACCUAUCAGAAAUAAGGGACAUUAGACUCCCCUUCCUUUAAUAUCUUUUCUCUGUUAACCAAAUGCCAUUCACAUAUUUCUUAAUUCUUAGCUCAUUUCUUUUACACUCGAAUCGAUCAGAGAAAACUCAAACUAGUAUGUUAAUUGUUUUACAAAACAACAAAGUUAAAACAGGCCUAGUACAAAUACGCUUAUAGAGUGUUCUUACUGAAAGGAAAGUGCACUCAUAGUUAUCUCCCUUAUUGAUAUAAAAUGCAAUACAAUAAAUACCAUUAAUAUAGUGCUUUGAGUUCCGAUGUCCUUUGAGGUCCUUUAUAGAUGUGUGUGACUGUAUAUUGCUAGAUGUAAUACAGUUGCUUGUCAUGAGACGGCUUGGGAGAAGCUACAUGUAACAAUGAAGAAAUAGUUCGGAAAAAUUUGAGAAUUUCGUUAACAUUAAAAAAAAAAAAAAAA